UUGAAAUUAAUUAAUUAAUAAAUAAAGCCUGCGAAAAUCUCCAAUCUUCUCUUCUUCUUUUUUGGAAGCUCGAUUAUCAGACACAACCAUUUCCAAUCGGUCCUUUGUCUUUCUCAGACCAAUAAUGCCGGCGCAGAAGCGUUGUUUCCAGGACAAUCUGGACGACGGCGACGACGACGGCCAGCUUCGCAUCCCUCCCAAGCAAUCUCGCUCCCAAGACGAUGAUCCCCAACUUCCCCUCCAAAACAACUCUACCCAACAAGAGAAUGAAGAAGAAGAAGAAGAAGAAGAAGAAGAAGUAGAAGAAGAAGAAGAAGAAGAAGAAGAUGAUGAAGAAGAAGAAGAAGAAGAAGAGGAAGAAGAAGAAGAAGAAGAAGAAGAAGAAGUCAAGCCACAAGUCGAAGAAGACGACGACGAUGGAGAUGAUGAUGAAGAAGAAGAAGAUAAAGCGGAGGAUUCCGAUGAAAGACCAUCAUCCAGCUCUCACCCCAAACCCGAAUUUGUCUUUGUAGAAUUGCCGGAGAUACGUAAAGAUGUGCAAUGUCCAAUUUGUCUAGGCAUUAUCAAGAAAACAAGAACUGUAAUGGAAUGCCUGCACAGAUUUUGUAGGGAAUGCAUUGACAAAUCAAUGCGAAUGGGGAACAAUGAGUGUCCUGCUUGCCGAACACAUUGUGCCAGCCGGCGUUCUCUCAGAGACGAUCCAAAUUAUGACGCCUUAAUUGCAAUUUUAUAUCCAGAUAUUGAGAAGUAUGAGGAGGAGGAACUAGCCUUUCAUGAAGAGGAGAGGACUCGGAAUAAGCAGAUACAAGCAUCAAUUGCCCAAAUAUUUCAACGCCAAUCAGAAGCUCUAAUUAAGAGACGCGGUACGCCGGGGAAAGAUACACCAGAUACAUUUUUGACAAAAUCACAACGCAUUCACCGGAGUUCUUAUUCAAGGAGACGAAGUAACCGGAAUGUCGAACUUCAAGGAUGUGAAGGCAAUGAUGAUGGAAAUGACAAGAACAUUGAGAAAGAUGAACCUUCGAAUGAUGAGCGUCAUAAAGAAAUCAGACAGAGAAGGCGCAAGAGACGGACAGGUACUCGGUCUUCUCAGCCUUCUUCAUCAGUGGCCAAUUCAGAUGGAUACCCUGAAAAUGACUUGGAAAUGAGCCAAGAGAACCGAGGAAUUUCUCCUAGUCUUGCAUUGAACUCUGAAAUACUUGCUUGGGGAAGGGGUGGUGCUCGUAGUCACACUCGGCAUGGCAAUGCCAAUGGUUGCAAUACUAAGAUUUCCCGAAACACCCGCUUAUCCAAGUUGGUUGAUUAUCUCCGAAACUUAGAGGAAAAUAAUGACGAGUUAGAUGUGCAUCUCGUGCUUGUUGCUAUGGACAGACAAAGUACACCAACUUUGCAGCAGCCACACCUUUGCUGUCGACCAAGUCUGUCAGUUAAAUACCUAUGUGAAUAUGUUGCUCGCCAGACGCCUUUGAAGGCUGAAGAGGUUGAAUUAUUAUUACUUAAAGGGGAGCGCCUUGCCAAAGAUGACAAAACAACCGUAAAUCCUUCAUACUCAUCAACAGAUUUGGUGUCCCUGGUGGUUGAUCCAUGCAGAGAUGAACUGCAAGUUUUGGGUGCAGAAGAAACUUUGGCAGGGGUCAAAGCCAAUUGCACUUCCAGUAGGGACAAUUUGAUCCUAGUAUAUCGGCGGAAGGGAGGAGGCAGUUAGUAAAUUUUAGACUUAUGCGUGUGUCCGUAGAUUGUUUUCUAUAUAGAGUGAAAAGUUUGUUCAAUUUACUCAUAAAAAGGGUUGGUUUAGAAGGUUUUUAAUACGUUCAGAAAUAGAUAGAUAUGAACUGGCUUCAUU